GGAACCAAAUAAAAGCUUAUUGUAGUUCCAGCGGACUCCUCAAUCAAGUGUGGUUAGUGAUCGUGAAUACAGUGUUUUUAUUUUGGAAUUUUUAAAAUAAUUUAAUAAUAAAAUAAAAAUGCGUCUAGGAGCAACAGUACCAAAUUUUAAGGUCGAUUCGACCAAAGGUCCAAUUCAAUUUUACGAUUGGUUGGGUGACUCAUGGUGUGUCUUCUUCUCUCACCCUGCUGACUUUACUCCAGUGUGCACAACAGAACUUGGUCGCAUGGCCGUCCAUCAGCAUGAGUUUGCCAAGCGUAAUACCAAGCUUCUAGCUCAUUCCGUGGAUCAGCUGGCUUCCCAUGUUGAUUGGGUCAAUGACAUUAAAUCGUACUGCUUGGAUAUUCCCGGGGACUUCCCAUACCCAAUCAUUGCAGAUCCAAACCGUGACUUGGCCGUUUCAUUUGGUCUGCUCGAUGAAGAGCAAAAAAAAGAUCCUGAAAUUGGAAAGACCAUUCGUGCCCUGUUCAUCAUUAGUCCCGACAAGAAAUUGCGGUUGUCGAUGUUUUACCCCAUGUCAACUGGUCGUAAUGUAGAUGAAAUUCUGCGAUGCAUUGACUCAUUACAAUUGACAGACAGAUUGAAGGUUGUUGCAACACCCGCUAAUUGGACUCCUGGAACAAAGGUUAUGAUUCUACCAAGCGUCACUGAUGAAGAAGCUAAGAAACUUUUCCCUAAGGGAUACGAUAAGGUAUCCAUGCCAUCCGGAGUAAACUACGUUCGAACAACUGAAAAUUAUUAAUUUUUUUUUAUAUGACCAAAUUAUUUUUAUUAAAACAAUAUACUUACAAAAUUUAAUUUUUA